AUGGCUUCUGUGAAUCGAAUAACCUCAAGUGCGGCCGCUGCUUACCUCGAGCUUGCACCCUCUCUCGCCAAUGUCAACUUUGAUUUUGCCUUAUACAAGGUGGAAGCUCCAAAAGAAUUCCAGGCUGUAGGCCAGGCUCUUUCAAGUCUACGCCGGGAGGAAGCAGAGUCUGGAGCAUCUCAUAAAACUGCUAGAAAGCUCGGAGCACUUUUCGAUCGCCUCAUACCCUCUACGCCUGAGCUGCUUAAAGCCUACGGUCUUCGAGCGUCCGAGAUCAUCCGCUCCAUGGCUAUCAAUUCCAAGGAGAGUUCGGAAUUUGGUUUCUUUGCUAAUAGGAUAGGCGCGGAUGCCACGAGCAUUUGGGCCGCAGCCACAUCCGGCUCUGCCGCCAUCGCGGUACAUCUUCUUGCCUGUAUGCUUGCAAGGAUCUGGGAGGGACCAGAAGCUACCACCAUCUGGUACGAACUUGUACAAAAACAAAAGGAACAAAUCGGAGUGGAGAUUGAGCACAACAACUUUGGCGAUUUUGGUGCUUUUUUAGCGGCUCAACAAGAACUGAGUCGAUCUCAGUUGCGGGAUUGGGAUGCAAGCGCUCGAGCUUGGCUUCGAGUGGCGGACGAGGCAAAAAGAAAAGAGCAAACUCAGGUUAGGUUAAUUGUCGAUAACAUCCAGAAGACUGAAGUAAAUACGAAGGUAACCGUGUACGACAGCGUUUUGGAAGCUUGGAGGAGCUGUUUGAACCAAAUGAAUUGUGUAGUCAAGGGAACACCGCAACAAGCUGAAGCUGGGGCCACUCUCUUAGGCUUGUCUUCGUGGCAUCUCUAUCCUGACAUGAUAGCUAUGGGUCCUUGCCUCGCUCGCCCAGCUGAGGUGCGGCAUAAUGAUCCACUCAUUGCUCCGGGAGGCAUCUUGACACUGGGUUUGGAAAUGUCCAGUGGUGGAAAGGACGUUGGCGUCACUUGGUCGUUACCUUUGGCCUAUCUUCGAUACUAUGGGCAGCCAGUAAUUGCAUCAGGUUCGAUCGACACUGCUGAAAAGUCCCGAAUCACGCUUGAAGAAUUGAUGGCUGCUGUCCUAGGAGUCAUUACUCAGGACUGGAUCUCGAGAUCUUCGGCCCUCAAGUCUUCACUCGAAUUGUUGGCAUGUUUCUCGGAAUUACUAAAAGAAUCUGCUUUAAAGGGAAACUUAAAAGCCCAAUCCAUCAUGCAUCUUGAAGGCGGCCACUCGUGGCUGAUCCUUCUGCUCAAUACUGCAAAGAAUUUCGCAGUGCUGAAUGGCAGUGAGCUGCAAACUGUCAAGAAACUGCUUCAUCUAGGGGCUACCCACGGUUCAGCCUUCCUUGGACGGCCUUUGUGCCCUUUGUUUGGUAUGCUUAAUCCCGAAACUUACAUGGGAAUGCUUGAAGUGGAGGAUAGGAUUCAUCUGCUUCGCGAAAUUGCGAAGCAGCUUCCUUACAAACCCCAUCAGAUCUUCAUUCGGUACAAGCAUGAUUACCCUGCCUGGAACAAGGACACUUUUGAAUUUACAACAGCUUUGCCUCUGGCUCGGGAGACUUGCAAGCGGGAUUUAGAAGAGCGGGUCAAGGAAAGCCAAGGGCAUCGUCGUUGGAUACACACUGGAGCCUCUUCUCAACCACCAUUGGACACUUCAAGUCUCAUCGAGAGCGGGGUCAUGAUGCCUUACGACGAAACAAGCAAUGAAUUCGUGGAACUAGAGGACAUUUGGCAUGAUCGUUUUACAGAAGUCGAACUCGCUGCCAUUAUCAAAGAUUAUCCCGUAAGGGCAAGCUACUAUUCCUCUCUUGGGGAAGGCGUUUUCCGGUUGGAGGAUGAGCAGAUAUACAUGGGCUCAGCUCAAUUAAUUACUUGGCAGUUUCCUGCAAGUGAGGUGUCAGGUACGCUCAAAUCGGGAUUUGAUUUCAAGUUUAUGCUUGGCGACCCAAGAACGGCAGCGUUAUUCGUUAAGAAUCGAGACAUCAGAUCCAGCGCCGACAACUCCCAAUUGAGCGAUGUUGGUUUGCGUUGUCUGCCUAAGUUGUUCCAGGCCAAAAAAGUAAAUUGUGACACGUUUGUUGAUGCCUUGUGUGUUAGCAUUGGUAGUCUUUACACUCACGACAACGAUCAUCUCAUGUCUCUAAAAGCGUUUUCAGCUGCUGCAAUACUCUACAAUAAGCUGCGGAAUGCCACGGUAGAUGUUAGGGUUCUGCGGCAACCCCUCAAGAAUGCACAAUGGAGAAUCAGUUCGGAGCGAAGAUUAACCACCAAUGAUGCCAAUGAUCAUGAUUUCCUGGAACCAGGUGGACUGGAACCAGCAACCCGCAAUAACCUUAUGUCAAUAUCGCUAGACCGAAGUGAGACUUUCGCAUGUAUCUGCAUGUUCGAGUCUGGUCGUUUCAAUGUUGAGCCACACCGAAUUAAAAAUACUGUCGCGAUAUCUUCAGUAGACUCUUUAUUCAUUGCGGCGCCGUUGCUACACGAUCCAGCCAGCCUUACAGGCCACUCAGAGGUCGAAAGGGUGACCGGAAACGUUGGGCGUGCCGGUGUCGCCUUUUUAGUUCUACCGGAUAAACCCAUGGUCAAGUCUCAGGACCUAGACGUAUGGAAUAUGAUCAACCACGAGGACUACGAUUCGCAAAGGAUUGAUUGUUUUGCGAGUACAACGCUCCAUCUUUCGUUCACUGGCUCCGUGGUUCCAAUCGACGUUGGCGUGGCUAGUGCGCGAGACAUGGAAAUUUACAUAUUGGAAUCCGUGGUAUCAGUUCACGAUCGAGGAAAAUGGGUCGCAGACUUAAACGUGACCUGGGAUUACGGUCAAUGGGUGUAUGCCAGCAAGCCAUGUAGGCAUGGAGAGGGUAAUGCGACAAAUCUGCCUCUGACAUCUAUUGAUAGCUGGGCCGAAUUGAUUGAUAAGCCACUGAAGCAUGCCGUCGUGCGUGCACACAAUAAUUGGCAAGCAAGGCUUGCCGCCACUUCGAUCUGCCUUUUCAGGCGUCAGCCUGUGAGGAUUUUGCCAUCAGCCGGCAUUUGCUGGAGAUGCUGGACGAAGCGCUACGCCCACGCCAAUGCCAUAAUUUUCGUGGACUGA